GGCGGAACGGGCCUGGCCCCUGCCGCAGAGGAGCAGGCGGCAAGGACGGCCGCGGCGCGCAGUCUCCACCCGCACUCCGCCAUGUUGAGUCUGGUGGGCCGUGUGGCCGCUGGGUCGGCCUGCGGGGCCUUGCGGGGCCUCAGCCCUUCGGCGUCGCUGCCCCAAGCUCAGCUGUUACUGCGGGCCGCCCCGGCGGCGGUGCAGCCCGCCAAAGACUAUGCGGCGCAGACCGCCCCCGCGCCCAAGCCGGGCGCCGCCGCCGGGCGCAUCGUGGCGGUCAUCGGCGCGGUGGUGGACGUCCAGUUCGACGAGGGGCUGCCGCCCAUCCUGAACGCCCUGGAAGUGCAAGGCAGGGACACCCGGCUGGUGCUGGAGGUGGCCCAGCAUUUGGGUGAGAGCACUGUAAGAACCAUUGCUAUGGAUGGUACAGAAGGCCUGGUCAGAGGCCAGAAAGUCCUGGAUUCUGGCGCACCGAUCAGAAUUCCCGUUGGUCCUGAGACCUUGGGCAGAAUCAUGAAUGUCAUUGGAGAACCUAUUGAUGAGAGAGGGCCUAUCAAAACCAAACAAUUUGCUGCUAUUCAUGCUGAGGCUCCUGAGUUCGUGGAGAUGAGUGUUGAGCAGGAAAUUCUGGUGACUGGGAUCAAGGUUGUGGACCUGCUGGCUCCCUAUGCUAAAGGUGGCAAAAUCGGGCUCUUCGGUGGUGCUGGAGUGGGCAAGACAGUAUUGAUCAUGGAGUUAAUCAACAAUGUCGCCAAAGCCCAUGGUGGUUACUCUGUGUUUGCUGGUGUGGGUGAGAGGACCCGCGAGGGCAAUGACUUAUACCAUGAAAUGAUUGAAUCUGGUGUAAUCAAUCUAAAAGAUGCUACCUCGAAGGUAGCAUUGGUGUAUGGUCAAAUGAACGAACCACCUGGUGCUCGUGCCCGGGUAGCCCUGACUGGACUGACUGUGGCUGAAUACUUCAGAGACCAAGAGGGUCAAGAUGUACUGCUGUUUAUUGAUAACAUCUUUCGCUUCACCCAGGCUGGCUCAGAGGUACGGGAAAUCAUUAGAGGACCUGUUCAGGCUAUCUAUGUCCCUGCUGAUGACUUGACCGACCCCGCCCCUGCCACUACUUUUGCCCACUUGGAUGCCACUACCGUGCUGUCGCGCGCGAUUGCCGAGCUGGGUAUCUAUCCGGCUGUGGAUCCUUUGGACUCCACCUCUCGCAUCAUGGAUCCUAACAUUGUUGGCAGUGAGCAUUAUGAUGUUGCCCGUGGGGUACAAAAGAUCCUUCAGGACUACAAAUCCCUCCAGGACAUCAUUGCCAUCCUGGGUAUGGAUGAACUUUCUGAGGAAGACAAGUUGACCGUGUCCCGGGCACGGAAAAUACAGCGUUUCUUGUCUCAGCCAUUCCAGGUUGCUGAGGUCUUCACAGGGCAUAUGGGGAAGCUGGUACCCCUGAAGGAGACCAUCAAAGGAUUCCAGCAGAUUUUGGCAGGUGACUAUGACCAUCUCCCAGAGCAGGCCUUUUACAUGGUGGGGCCCAUUGAAGAAGCUGUGGCAAAAGCUGAUAAACUGGCAGAAGAGCACGCGUCCUGAGAGCCUCCUGCCAGCAGAAGUUCUCAUCCCCCAUGCUGCCCUUCUCUUUGCCGCUAACCCUGAAGUUUCUGUGUAGGCCGCACAAGAGCCUCAGUUGAAGACAUUGCACCUGAAGAGUAUUUAAGGUUUCCAAUAAAAUGUAAACCCUUCA